CCGCCCGGGUGGAAGCAGGGACUUCCUGUGACAGGCCAGUUCCUGGUUGGACGCGGGGUGCUGCUGAGGCUCCGGCUGCGGCUGCUGCUCCCGGGCGCGGAGGCAGGGAAGCGGGCAGAGGGGACAGGCGAGCGGGGCUCAAGCACGGAGGGCGCGCGGGGCCGGGCAUGGUCGCUGCUGCUGCGGCCGCCGCCCGCCGGCCCGCCUCAGCAGCCCAGCCAGCUCCGGGCCCCCGGCGAUGCUGCCGCGCCUGGCCCGGCGACUUUGUAGCGAUGCCGCAAGGCCGGAACGCCCAGGCGGCGGCGGCGCUAGCAACAGUGUGGCCGCGCCAGGCCUGAACCAUUCCCAAGCUCUGCCUCCCAAGACUGAGCGAGAUCAGCAAAGCACUUGACCUCUAAGGAAAGCCAAGCAGGAGGUUCCUUCCAAGGGAUUGGUUAACCUUGUCUUGAUUCAAGACCUAAAGAGUUGUGUGUAUAUAUAUAUAUAUAUCUUUGCGGAGGGGGUUGCCAUCCGUAACUUGUUCAACAAAGAGUUGGAGCUGCACACUCUGGAAGGAUGAAGAAGUUUUUUGACUCCCGAAGAGACCAGGGGGGAUCCGGAGCGGGUUCUGGUACCAUUGGGGGGAGCAGCAGCAGCACCGGGCCUGGGAGUGGCUACGUAGGCCGGGUGUUCAACAUUGGAAGACAUCAGGUGACGGUGGAUGAAGUCCUAGCAGAAGGCGGGUUUGCGAUCGUGUUUCUGGUGAGGACCAGCAACGGGAUGAAAUGUGCCCUCAAACGAAUGUAUGUCAACAAUGAACAUGACCUACAAGUCUGCAAGUGGGAGAUUCAGAUCAUGAGGGAUCUUGCUGGACACAAGAAUAUUGUUGGAUACAUCGAUUCCAGUAUAAACUCUGUGAGCAGCGGAGAUGUUUGGGAAGUCUUGAUUCUGAUGGAUUUUUGCAGAGGGGGCCAGGUGGUGAACCUGAUGAAUCAGCGCUUGCAGACUGGGUUCACGGAAAAUGAAGUCCUGCAAAUCUUCUGCGACACGUGCGAAGCCGUGGCUAGACUGCACCAGUGCAAACUGCCCACUGUCCACAGGGACCUGAAGGUGGAGAAUAUUCUGCUGCACGAUCGUGGCCAUUACGUCCUGUGCGACUUUGGAAGUGCUACCAACAAAUUCCAGAACCCACAGCUUGAAGGCGUGAACGCGGUGGAGGAAGAGAUUAAGAAGUACACCACGCUAUCCUACAGAGCACCGGAAAUGGUCAACCUCUACAGCGGCAAGCUGAUUACUACGAAAGCAGACAUAUGGGCCCUGGGCUGUUUGCUGUACAAACUCUGUUAUUUUACUUUACCCUUUGGGGAGAGCCAAGUAGCCAUUUGUGACGGAAACUUCACCAUUCCGGACAACUCACGCUACUCCCAAGACAUGCACUGCCUCAUCCGAUAUAUGCUGGAACCAGACCCUGACAAGAGACCUGAAAUUUAUCAGGUCUCCUAUUUCGCAUUCAAGCUAGCUAAGAGGGACUGUCCGGUCCAGAAUGUACAGAAUUCUCCCAUACCUGCCAAACUCCCAGAGCCAGUGAAAGCCAGCGAAGCCGCUGCGAAGAAGAGCCAGCCAAAAGCCAGGCUGACAGAUCCUAUUCCUACGACGGAAACAUCUAUCACCCCACGCCAAAGACCCAAAGCCGGGCAGACGCAACCGAAUCCGGGGAUACUUCCCAUCCAGCCUGCUCUCACUCCAAGGAAGAGGCCCACAAUCCAGGCAAAUGUCCAGGCCCAAGUUGUGGCUCCGGUGUCCCUGGCCAGCAGCCAGCCCGCCCUCCCGGCAAGCAUCCCGCAGCCGAAGGCCCUGCCUCAGCCGAGUCAGCCUCUGCCGCCAGCGCAGCCCAAGCAGCCAGCCCCCGCGCAGCCGGCCGCUGCCUCCCAGGCCCCCGCGGCUCCGGCCCAGGCCACCCCGCAGCACCAGCUCUUCUUGAAACAGCAGCUGCCGCCGCCGCAGCCGGCACCCCCCCCAGCGGCUGCAUUUUAUCAGCCGCCACCACAGCAGCAGCAGCCGCCGCUCCUGCCGGCUCCGCAGGCCGUGCCGCAGGCGCCUCCGGUGGCCGUGAAGCCGCAACUCCCGGGGCUGCCGCAGGUGGUGGCGGCACCGGUGCAACAGCAGCCGAUGCAGAACUACAUGCAGCCGCCGCAGCCGCUGGCGCAACAGGCUGCCGUCCCGCAGAAGCCGGCCACAGCAGCGGGGCAGCAGAAGCCGCAGGCACCGCCCCUGCUGCAACAGGCGGCGGGACAGCCGACCCCUACGCAGGAGCAGCCGCAAGCGCCUCCACGCCAACAAAGGGCCUCGACGACCCCUCCCUCUGCUCUCCAGGGCCAGAAGGCGGGCUCCCUCACGCCCCCAUCCUCCCCCAAGACACAGCGCGCCGGGCACCGGAGGAUUCUGAGCGACGUGACUCACAGCGCUGUCUUUGGCGUCCCAGCUAGCAAAUCGACGCAGCUUCUGCAGGCGGCGGCCGCUGAGGCCAGCCUCAAUAAAUCCAAGUCUGCCUCAACUACACCCUCUGGGUCCCCCAGAACCUCUCAGCAAAACGUCUACAACCCACCAGAUGUCUCCACCUGGAACCCUUUUGAUGACGACAACUUCUCCAAGCUCACCGCAGAAGAGCUGCUGAAUAAGGAUUUUGCAAAACUAAGUGACGGUAAACCGCCAGAGAAGCUCGGCAGCUCCACUGAGAACCUGAUCCCAGGCUUUCAGCCAGCACCUUCAAUAGCGCAGGCAGAUGCGUUUGGUUCGUCUUCUCUUGCACCGGUGCCAGCUGAAAAAACAAAAGAUAUUCUGGACUCUAGCCCUCCACUUCUGGCUGUUCCUGAUCCUUUCAUUCCUCUUCCACUGUCAGAGACACCAGAAAAAUUGAUUGAGGGCCUCAAAUCUCCUGAGCCUGCACUUCUGCUCCCUGAUAUCCUGCCUCUUGCUGAUCCCUUCGGUAGCACCUCCGAUGCUGUGAAUGGCCUUCGGAAAGGAAAAGCUGACCUAGCGGUCGAGAGCCUUAUACCAGGCCUGGAGGCUCCUGGGCUCCAGCGGGCCCCAUCACAGGCAGACUCCAUGGCUUCAAACAGAGCAGAUUCUGUCACUGGGGAGGACUCCCUGCUUGACUGCGCUCUGAUUCCUAAUCCUGCUGCUGACCUUCUGGACGAAUUUGCUCCUCUCGCAGUUUCAUCCCAAACUCACAAAGAAGAUACUAACCUUAUAUCGGGCUUCGAUGUCCCAGAGAGCUCUGAAAUGGUGGCAGAAGAUGAGUUUGACCCCAUCCCUGUGUUGAUAUCCAAAAAUUCACAAGGUGGGCAUUCUAGAAACAACAGUGGAAGUCCUGAGUCCAGCCUCCCCAACCUAGCCAGGUCUCUUCUGCUAGUGGACCAGCUCAUAGACCUGUAGCAGCCCCUCAGUAACAGAGGCGGUUUCUGUAACGUACUUAAAUCCAACUCUUUUCUCCACUCCCUGUUUUUUGUUUUUUGUUUUGUUUCCAGCGGAGCUAACCUUUUUCCUUGCCGGGUGGUUGUUUUUGGUUUUUGGUUUGUUUGUUUUUAAUUAAAAUAAAAUGGAAGAAGCCCGCCCACCCCAAAUUGUGCCCAUCCCUUGGGACUUCUCUGCCCUCCUCCUUUUCAGCGUGUCCUUGAUACAGCCUGCUACAGUUCUUUGUACAUGUCUCUCUACUAGCCCCCUCCCUUAAGGGAGCGCUACUGUUCACUAACCACUUUGCUAUGAUUUACCCUUUAGCUCCACCAAAACCCUAACUGUGAGUGAAUUCUGUGUAACCUAUGUAUGGUCCCUGCUAGAAAUGCAUACAACCGAGACGCCUUCUCCCUCUGAAAUCCUGUCUUAGUCUAGCGAAUGCUAACCAAAUUGUAUAUCAGUGUCUCUUCCGGAUUCAAAAGUCAGAAGGGAAAAGGAGAGUGGAAGUCGGAUUGUCCCUCCCCAGUGCAGGGGAACCUGUCAGGAAGGCUCUAGACUAGAGUGAGGGUCCUCCACAGCCAAAAUUGCAAGACCUGCCAAGUAGAUCAGAGACCACAAGCUUUUGAAAGAGGAUGUUUUGCUCCCCAACCUACUCUUUCAUGCAACCUGCUUAGGAAUGGACUGUGCUUUUAAAAGUAAUAAUGAUAAUAAUAAAGCUAUGGAAAUUAUCCCACGCAAAAUAGCUAAAAAUGUAAAACAUCAUAAUGUGUUUUUUAAAAAAAAAGCAUGGCUAAGAUCUUUCUGUUGAACCAACUCUCAGUUGAAGAGGGGCGUGUUGUAGCAACAGAUGUAUACUCUUGUGAGGGUUUUGAGCUGCAGAGGAAUUCUGUAAACUUUAUGUACACGUCAGAGUUUCCUAAAGGCAAGUCUCUUCUUUAAAAAUAAAUAAUAACUUGGAUUAUAGUCAAAAUUGGGUGUCUCCCCACCCCCCACCCCUGGUUUGGGUUUUUGCUCUCCCUUUGUAAGUGUGUAUAGUGUUGAACACGUAAUAUGGAGCCAUCUUUUCCUUCCCAGUAGACCAAUGACGUAAGGUUUCUUUUAAUCCUUCAGUCUUUGUAGAGCUCGCAUGUACUCCUCGUCAGGCAGUUGAGAGUCAGUGCUUUCCAGCUUAGGUGUACCUGAAUGGGUUGUAUCUUUUUUUAUUUCCACCUUGGUAUGCUCAGUUUUGUCAGACUACAACUGGAUAUAGUAAACUUGUUUUCCCUUGGCUUUUGACCUUCAAGUCCAGAGAUAAGUGUCAUUCUCCAGAUGUUCUUCUGAAGAGAAGGGCCACCCUUACUCCGUAGUGGAAUACAAUUAGCUUUAUGCUAACUUUGUGUAUGUGUAUGUAGUUGUACUAGUUUUAAAAAGUGCAGUUUUUUCCAUGUGUGCAGGUACGAAUGACUCCAUUUCUAGGUGUUUCAGCCUCUCCUACAAGAAGAAAAGACUUUCUGAUGCACCCAAGCUUUCCCCCACGAAUCCCAUCCAAUCCUUUUCCUCCCUGGAAUUAGCUUAACAAAUUCUGUAAAUAGAAUUUAACAGUCAUGUCAGUUCUGUAUGAAUCUUUCUAAAUUCUACAUACAUGCAUACGUGUGUGUUUGUGUCCAUUUUCGUGUUUCUACUGCACUUUCUGGAUGAUUUAUAUCAGGGGUUUGCCACCUUGGGUCCCCAGAUGUUGGACUACAGCACCCAUCACCCCAUCCACAAUAGUCUUUGCCACUGUGGCUGGGAAUGAUGGGAGUUGUAGUUCAACAUCGUCUGGGGACCCAAGGCUGAGAAUCCCUGAUCUACAUGACAGAACUAUGGAAAAUGAUCUUAGUAAAAUUGUUGAUAGAUCUUUAUAUUUUUGGGUUUGUUUUUGUUUUAUUUUGUUUUGAAUUUUGAUUCCUAAAGCACAGGCAACUGGGGCUGGAUUAUGUUGGCAAAGCUUUAGAUAGAACGUUGUUGUAUAGUCAGAUGCUGAAAAUAUAUGGAGAAAUGGAUUUUUUUAAACAAAGUAACCACCUACUGUAUAUUAGAAACCAAAAAGAACAUUUCUGUGAAUUAAAAUACUUUUAAAAGAAUGUUUAACAUUUUAAGUCUAAUUGAACUUGUUGAAGAGUUCUGGAAGCAGGAUCAUGAUCGUAACGUGGUUGCUUGAGGGUAGUGCUAUUAACUAAGCAACUGUGAAUGUUGUGGGGAUUUUUCUUUCUCUUUUUUCCUCUUUUGUGUGUGUUUUCCCAAAAAUUAUUCAUGCAUCUGGAUGGGCAAAAUAACACGGUGAAAAGUUAAUUUAUUCUGUACAGAGGUUUAUGAAUUGACCAAAAGUCAUUGAAAUGACGUGUAGCAGAUUCUUUAAUAAACGGCGCCAGACUGAA